UCGCCUGGUAGGGAAUUCACCAUCUAUCGCGUUGAUUGCUAAAACAAAAUUCUAUACCAGUUAUUCGUUGAUAUCGAACAUUUAUAAUAGUUGAUUUUCACGAUCGCAAAAUAUAUCGUUUCGAAUAUUAGAAUUCACCGAAGAACCUACGAGAAAUAAUGGCUUACCGGGCACACAUUAUGAGCAAUCAUUGCAAGGACAUCACGAACCGUGGAACAAAGAGUGCUUGGUUCCUUAAAUGUGUGGGAUGCAACACUAGACGGAUUUACUCAUCGCAUGUGUACAAGUGCACUGUGUGUAAGGUGUCCAUACACAAACGUUGUUGGGAAUUCGGUCAGUGCUGCGCGAUCAAGGCUGCAAACGAACGGUCGGCCACUAUCGCCACUGAAGUUGAAGUCUCCGAGAACGCGGGACCAUCUACACGGAUGAUGGUGGACUUACGCGAAGUCUCGACGGAGACAACCAUAAUGCAUUUGGUAGAUAAUUCAAUGCAGACGGACGUAUUCGACCAAUUAAACGUCUCAACUGAAACCGAUGUGUUGGACCAGUGUCACACAACUCAGACCGAGAUAUUAAACAAGUCUCACGUGUCGACUGAGAUCGAUGUGUUCGACCAAUGUCACACAUCGACUCAGACCGAGGUGUUUGACCAGUUUCACGUGUCGACUGAGACCGUUGUGUUGGACCAGUGUCACACAACAACUCAGACCGAGAUAUUAGACAAGUCUCACGUGUCGACUGAGACCGUUGUGUUCGACCAGUGUUACGCAUCGGUUCAGACCGAAAUAUUGGACUCGUGUGAUGUGUCGACUGAGACCGAUGUGUUUGACCAAUGUCACGCAUCGGCUCAGACCGAAAAAUUGAACCCGUGUCAUGUGUCAGCUCAGACCGAUGUGCUGGAUUUAGACCAGUGUCACGUGUCGAGCCAAACUGAACUUGGAUAUGACCCUUUACUGAUCGUCAACGAAAGUGCAGUUUCUCCCGGAGAUGUUCCGAUGUGCGGAAAAAUCUACAGUGGACCGGCGAUGGCAUCAAACAGAAAUACUCAUGAGUUAUUGUCCUUUCCAAAUGGUGGACCAGAGGCUGGUGACACGGACGACGGAACAACCGUAUUGAACGUAGACCGUAUGAGUUCGAGGACAGAACUCACAAAAGAAAUUACAAUGACGGCCAAACAACGGAUGCGUAAAAUCAAAGUAGAGAAGAACAUCGCGUUGAAAGUGAACACGGAUGCCGUAUCUGCGCUACAAGAAUUGUGUAUGGCUCGAUGGUGGAAAAUACCGGAGUAUCAUUCAUGCGUUAAAAUAGCUGAUAACCAUUUUCAAAUAGAAUGCUCUUUAAGAGGGUACACGGUCAAAGGCGAAGGAUGGUCGAAAAAAGAAGCUAAACGUCAGGCAGCCUACAAUGUGUAA